GACCUUUCGUCUCGUGUCCAUAGUUCAGGAUUUCGUUCUGCAGGAAGAAUAUGGGAGACAAAAAGAUACUCAGCAUUGGUUUGGUGUGUCUAGAUAUCAUCAAUGUUGUUGAUAAAUACCCGGAAGAAGAUACUGAUACCAGGUGUUUGUCUCAGAGAUGGCAGAGGGGAGGAAAUGCAUCAAACACGUGCACAGUUUUGUCUCUUCUUGGGGCCCCGUGUGCUUUUAUGGGGUCCUUGGCUCCUGGACCAGUAGCUGACUUCAUCUUGAAUGACUUUCAAAUGUACAAGAUUGACAUCUCUCUUCUUCUGGAGCAUGCUGAAUGCUCCUUUCCAGCUUCUGUAGUAAUCAGCAGUGUGACGACAGGAAGCCGUACAAUUCUGCAUAUGAACAGAAACUUACCAGAUGUUUCUGUAGAAGAUUUUUCAAAGGUGGACCUGAGCCAGUACAAGUGGAUCCACUGGGAGGGCCGUAAUGCUGACGAACAAGUGAAGAUGAUUGAGAGGGUGAGAGAGUAUAACAGCAAACAGGAAGAGAAGAACAGAAUCACCAUCUCUGUGGAAAUAGAGAAGACCAGGGAACCCCUCUAUCAGCUCUUCCCUCUUGGUGAUUUGGUCUUUGUCAGUAAGGAUGUGGCCCAGCACUUUGGGUUUACCUCAGCCUCUGCUGCAUUGAAGGGUAUCUACGGUCGUCUGAGAAAGGGAGCUACCCUAAUUUGUGCCUGGGCAGAAAAGGGAGCGGAUGCUAUGGGUCCCGAUGGUGUAAUUAUCCAUUCAGAUGCAUUCCCGCCUGAGAAGCUUGUAGACACUCUUGGAGCAGGAGAUACGUUUAAUGCCUUCUGUGAUAUAUUCCCUUUCAAACGGGGGCAGCCUACAGGAUGCUCUCACAUUUGGCUGCCAGAUUGCGGGUAAAAAAUGCGGCAUCCACGGAUAUGAUGGAAUUUUACACUGAACAUGGCAGAGAGGUGCACAGCUGGAAUGUAGUACAGACAUGAAGCAUGAUAAUAAACUUAACUAGCGUUGUAAAACAGUAGUCAUUGUCAAGGCAUGAUGAGGUACUGGAAAAUGGUGCUUCACAUAGAAAAGACUAAUGUUUAUGCAAAGAAUAAGUCUAAAUUAUGGUGGUACAGUAUAUCCUACUGAUGUUCCUCUGUAUUAAGAAUCAAUAAAUUGAAGAAAACAA